GUUUCAGUUUCAGAGUUUCUCGAGUAAUACAAAUUACAUCGCGCGCAGUUGUCGGUGGAAAAAUGCAGAAAAAUCGAAAAUAAACUCGGAUACCGUGCUAGAAAACCAGAGAACAACGCGUAGAGUGCCACAAAUUUCGGAUCAAUUUACGCGCUGCACCCGAUUUUGUAUGUGCUCAAACUAAUUUGAAUUUGAAGUUAUUGAAGCCACUGAAAUUGUGCCGAGCUGGAUAUCUAGUGUUGUUGUUGUUGCUGCUGCUGGCGAGUGACACGUCCCCCUUGCGCCACCACCCCCUCGUCAAUCAUUUUAUGCAGUUGGCGCUUGUUUACUCGCUCAGAGAGAGAGAGAGUCAGAACAAAAAAAAGAGAGAGUCAGAACGAGAGAGACAAAGGCAGAAAAAGAGAGCACAGAGUGUUUCUUUGGACAAUGUUUAGCGAACGAAAAGAAAAGUAGCUUGUGCCUAAAACUGUUACACCUAUUUCGACAGUGCCGUGUGCCAAUCAUACGUUCAUUCAAAGUUUUGCUGACUCCUGAGUUUUUCAAUUUAAUUGCACCAACAACUAAAUCGUCGAGAUAUGCACGUGUCUCGGCUCUGCAAAUGCAUUUCCUACCCUCUCUCUCUCUAUUCCUCUCUGCAGCUUUCUCUCUCCUUACGCUCUUGAUGACUCUCUCUCAUCCUCUUAUAGAAAAUGCACUUGCACAGUGGGCCGAUACUAGCUUUAUAAUACUGUUGAGCAGAGUUGAAAAUGCAAUAAAAAUUUCGUUUUUUCCCUUUAGCAAGUGCUGAAAGGACAGAUUUCGUGUUUUUGUUAAUCUUAAAAAUAAAUAAAAAAUAUACACAGUAAAAAGUAAAGGAAAAAAUCACAACAACGGAUUAUUUUAGAAAUACAACAUAAAAAUGGCAAUCGAUUUGGUGAACUAUGUGAUCCUAUGCGUACGGACACCAUGAAGGCGUGGCCAUGUUGAGCGGACAACCACAAUCAAAGAAAAAGAGCUCGACGAUACCCAGCCACAUAUCGCUGCAACAACAAUUAGUUGCCUCUGCAGCCGCAUCGUCCUCUGCAACAGUCUCCUUUUCUUCCUCGCCUGCCAGCAAAAGUCAUGCCGCCCUGACCUUGCCUGUGGCCAGUGCAAAUGGCGGCGCAACAAUAACCACAUGUGCAACCGCAGUCGAGGAUAAACUGAGACCUAUCCCCACGACAAUUAAAAUUGAGCCCAUGCCGGACGUCAUUGCCGUGAGCACGGCAGCCGGAGGAUCCAGCGUUGCCGCCGGGGCAUCUUCUUCAGCAGUAUCUGCAUCUUCCAAUAAGACAAAUUCGACAGCAGCGGCUUCGACGUCGGCUGCGGCUGCAAACGGGCAUUUGGUGCUCGUGCCCAACAAAAGGCCACGUUUAGAUGUCCCCGAGGAUUGGAUGUCCACUCCUAGUCCUGGUAGCGUGCCCAGCUCUGCGCCGCCUCUUUCACCGUCACCCGGCUCGCAAAAUCACAGCUAUAACAUGUCCAAUGGCUACGCAUCGCCAAUGUCUGCCGGCAGUUAUGAUCCUUACAGUCCCACCGGAAAAACAGCAUGAACAACAGGUGGCGCUCCAUACGUGUUCAAAUCUGACUCAGUUAAAUGUGCCAGCGAUGAAGAACAGAUGGCGCAAAGUUCUAAUUUUGUAGGUGUAAAUUCGGAGUAAUGUAUUUUAUGUGUAAAAAAUCUCUGCUAUCUGCAACUCAGAUUCAGGAAUAAAUUUAGAAAAAGUGAAGCAAAAAUAAAG